UGGCAUUUUAAGUUUGAAGAGACCGGACAUGCACCCAGCAGUCACCGCAGCCUCUAUACGUGUUAACGUACCGUUCCAAAAACGUUUUUUUUCUCUGUUUCGCCGGAGGAAUUAAUUCGUCAGAGUGCACACCAGAAAAAGCCCUGCGAUGCUUUUGAUGUGACGUGCAGCCAUCAGCAAUCAACAAAAACGGCGUGGAGACCAUAUCAGUUGUAGAAAUCCCUCUGGGCUCUUUCACUUGAACACAGCUGGUCUGCAGAAUGGAUGGAGUAGAAAGUUUGCAGAACUCUGCAGAAACCAAAGCUGAGCGAAUCGCUCGCUACAAGGCGGAUCGAAAAAGGGAGCUGGCUGAGCGCUAUGGCAACACAGACGAAUUCACCUCCAAAUAUGUCCGAAGGGACAAAAAGAUCCAGGAGCCAACUGAAGCAGUGUCUUCAGCAGCCAAAGAGAACAACAAAAACCAAGACGGACCAGAGAAAGAAUGUAUCGUAAGGAGCCGCAGGAAUAAAGAAUCAGAAACUGUGGGGGAUGCUGGUGAUGUACCUGUUCGGGAAAUAAUCUCUGCUUCUUCUUACAAUAUGGAGUCUGGUUCAUCCACAAAACUUUCUUCUCAUUUGAGGUUGAUGGAAACACAAGAGCCUGAGGCUGAUGAGAAGCCAAUGGAGACUGCCAAGAAGAAUGCAACAUCUAAGUUGGAUUUUAAGGAACGGGAGAAAGCGGAGGAUGGAAACCAGUGUCUUCAUGAUGAAUUAAAGCUGUUUACCAGGGACAAAAAGGAAACUUCUGCUAGUUUAUCUACUGCAGAUGUUGAAAAGGCAAUGGAGGAUUCUGCAGGGGAAACUUCCACAGAUAUCGAAAAAGCUGAAGCCUCUGCCAAAGAAAAGCUUCCCAGUUCCAUCACAGACAGAGAUGUUCCACUUGACCAGGAAAGAGGCGCCUCGCCGCCUCCCAGUCCUUCCCCUUUGUCCUCACUGCAGCACCAAGACUCUGGAGCUCAAGGCAUCAGGGGGAUUUUGAAGAAAAGCCGCUCCACCAGCGUGGAGUCCGACCAAAGUGAGGAUUUCACAUCUGAGCAUGUGCAGUCCCAGCAGAGACGCAUCAGCCUAAGUCAACUGGAGAGCGAGGAGGAGGAGGAAGAGGAGGAAGAAGAAGAAGAGGGGGAAGAGGAGACCAGUGGGGAAAGUGAAAAAGAGGAUGAAUCAUUAAUCGAUGACCUUCCUGACGGUGGGGGCUUCAGCCGGGUCAGAGCGCCGAGGGACGGCAGCAGCAGCAGAGAGAGCUCCGAGGAGAUGCGGAGCUCCGAGGAGAUGAGGAGCACCUCGCCUGAUGAGAGCCUGGAAAAGAGCUCUACCAUGUCUGAAGACGUGGACGAGCUGGAAAACAGUCUGGAAGGAAGUAUGGGCUCGUCACUUAAACAGAGACUGGCAGAGCUUUCUAGUGGAGAAGACGAUGUAAGGGAGAAAAAAAGCAAGAAACCAAAAUCGACUGAGCUUAUCCAGACGCCGCUGGCUGACCGCUACAGCAAACUCCAGGACUCUGAAAAUGCCUGGAAGAAGAAGAGGUCCAACGUGGACCCGGAGCCCAAGAUGUCCCUGGCAGAAAGGAUGAAGAUCCUCAAAGAGAAAGAGGAGCAGUGGAAGAACAGAGGCAAAGGAGCCGCCAACGACUCCACCCAGUUCACCGUGGCUGGACGCAUGGCCAAAAGAGGUCUAGUUUCAGACACGGGAAAGGACGCCUCACCAAUCAUCUCUUCUAAGAAGGCGAACGCCACGCCAGUCAAACCACUUGAAGAAAUAUCCAGCAGAACUGACGUCAAUGUGGAAGGAGAUAAACGCCUCGACAAGCUGGAAUCAUUCUUAGACAAGCUCCACAGUAAAGGCGCGGGCAAAAGCAAGACGUCCACCAUCGAGGUGACUACAGAGAACGAGAAGGAAGUUAUGACGCUGGACGAUGAGGAGACCUUUGGAAACUUCUACAAACCCGUCUCCCCCUCAACACUUCUGGACUCUAGUGUGAUUUUGACUGAGGAGGAUCUGAGUCAGGUUCAGGCCACAACGCCAAAGCUUACCUCAACUGUAGCGGAACACAGGCGAGCAGUUCGGCCGGCCAGAAAGAACCAAGGAUCCAGAAACCCUCUGCGGGCGCUCGCUGCUCGCAACGACAUCCGACAGGUCUACACUGAACAGAGGCUGAAUGUGGCCUCAGUGGAAACCAAGAGGAUCCAAGUGGAGCGCAUGGCCAAACACUCCAAUCUGUCCGAUGUGGCCUUGGCCGGCCUCGCCAGCAAAGAGAACUUUCGCAAGGUCAACCUGCGCAGUGUGAAGUCCACAGAGGUCGUGACCAACAACAGCACCCUGCCUUUCCACAAACUCAUGCUCAUCCGCAUCAAAGGUCGGAGGCACGUGCAGGUGCGCUUGGUGGAGCCCACAGCGCACUCCCUGAACAGCGGCGACUGCUUCCUCCUCAUAACCCCAAAACACUGCUACAUGUGGAGUGGAGAGUUCGCUAACGUCAUUGAGAAAGCUAAGGCCUCAGAGAUGGCGUCGUUUGUCCAGACCAAGCGGGACCUCGGCUGCAAAGCCUCUCAGGUGACGGUGCUGGAGGAAGGCAUCAACGCUGAGAGCAAAUGGGCCAAGGAGUUCUGGAGCCUGCUGGGAGGAAAGACCAAAUAUAGAGGGGCGGGGGAGCCGGAGGAGGACGAGCUUUACGAGAGCGGGGUGUUGGACUCUAAUGGAGUUUACAGGCUCCAGGGAGACAAACUGGUCCCUCAUGAAGAUGCGUGGGGCUCCAUCCCGAGUGUGUCCCUGCUCAACUCUAAAGAGGUCCUCGUGUUUGACUUUGGCAGCGAAGUCUAUGUGUGGCACGGGAAAGAUGUGCCCUUGGGGGACAGAAAAGUAGCUGUCAAGUUGGGCAAGCAGCUCUAUGCCGCUACCUACGACUACAGCAACUGCAGAGUCAACCCGUUAGACGCCUCCUCCACCAACCAGGAGGUACCACAGAAGGGGGAGGGACGUCCGAGCUGGACUCUGUUUGGGCGACUCUCGGAGCACAAUGAGACGUCGCUGUUCAGGGAGAAAUUUCUGGACUGGGCAGAGAGGAAGAAGGAGGAGGGGGCUCAAGCAGAGGAAGUCAAGAGCCCGGACCACUCCAUGCCUCGCUCCCCCCUUGACUUGGACCUGCAGCCCUGCGAUGCCAAGGCCUUGCUGGAUAAUGAGCCGGAGCCCGGGAAGACGGUGCUGGAGGGGGUCAAUGUCCAGCGGGGCCACGGCCUGGUGAGGACGGAGGAUGGAAGACAGGCGGAGCUGGCCACCGUCGCUGUAGAGGCCUGGCACAUCAGGGAGCACGGGGAGGAGGAGCUGCCUGAGGAGAGCCUGGGCCAGCUGCACGAGGGGGACGCCUACGUCAUCCGCUGGAAGUACUCCAUCACCACACUCGUCGGGAAGCGGCAGAAACCCGGAGAGCUGAGCGCUGGAGCUCCAGGUCGGGAGAGGACGGCUUGUUUUUUCUGGCAGGGCCGUCAUUCCAGCAUCAGCGAGAAAGGAACGUCUGCUCUGAUGACGGUGGAGCUGGGCAGCCAUCGAGGCUCCCAAGUUUUGGUAAGUCAGGGAAAGGAGCCGCCCUGCUUCCUGCAGCUUUUCCAGGGAGGCUUAAUCAUCCACAAGGGCGGCAGAGAGGACAGCGCAAACAACACAGAGGGCUGGAGGCUGUUUUGUGUCCGAGGGGAGGCUGAGGUGGAGGCCUCCCUGGUGGAGGUGAGCUGCCAACAUGCCAGUCUGCGCUCGCGGGCCAGCUUGGUGCUGCUCAACGCUCAGAAGGGCCAGCUGUACAUGUGGCACGGGUGCAAGGCGCAUGCAAAUGCCAGGCUGGUGGCCAAACGCGCGGUGGACAAACUAACCCAGAGGUGUCCUGUGGAGUUGGGACUGAACAGCAGCAGGAGGGUGAAAGUUGUUGAGGUGGAGGAAGGAUCUGAACCUGAAGAGUUUGUGAAGGCUCUAGGCCCACAGGAUAAAAAAGCUUACGACUGCAUGCUGCAAGAUCCAGGGAAGUACAACUACACUCCUCGACUCUUCAGACUGAGUGCCAAGUCUGGACUGUUUGGAGGAGAGGAGCUUCUGUAUCCUGCCAGGGUUAUGGAGGGUGUCAUGGCGAUGCCUUUCCUGCAGGAAAACCUCUACUCUGUGCAACAACCAGCCUUGUUUCUGCUGGACAACCGCAUGGAGGUGUACCUGUGGCAGGGCUGGCAACCCGAAGACACGCAGUGCACCGGAUCAGCAGAGAUACGCUGGGACACCGAGAGGAAGUGUGCCAUGGAAACCGUACUCCAAUACUGCAAAGAGAAGAAUCCUCGGCGCCCCCCUCAGGCCUACCUGGUCCUAGCCGGCUGGGAACCUUUGACAUUCACCAACAUCUUUCCUUACUGGGAGAAGGAUUCUACUAUUCCCACAAAGGCCGUAGGCUCCAAGACCAAAGUGGUCCUGGUGAAGGAAGUUCUCUCCAAGCUCAGUAAGCAGCAAUACUCCAUUGAGGAGCUGACCCGGAAGCCUCUGCCAGAGGGGGUGGACCCCCUACGCCUGGAGGACUACCUGUCUGAUGAGGAUUUUCAGACGCUUCUUGAGAUGAGUCGAGUUGAGUUCAACGCUUUGCCAAACUGGAAACAGAAGAAUCUGAAAAAGAGCAAAGUGGAACACUUCAUAUUUCUGGCAUAGAAAUCAUCUCAUUUUUGUAAAGACCCUCUAUGUACAAUUGUGUUUGAAUGAUUUAUGUUUAAUAUUUUAACCAGUUUUUAUGUUGCCAGAAACAUUUUAAAAAACACUUAUUCAAUUAUUUCUUUUUUUACUCCUUUCGGUGUGAUUAUUAUUGCUGCCUUUACACUAUAAAUAUGUAAUAUACUGUUAAUGUUUUAGAUUUCUCAGACAUAUUCAUUCCUGUCAGUGUUUGUGAUAAAAAGCUAAGCUUAGAAAUUACUUACGUUUCAGAUAUCAGUCAAGAAAAAUUUUAAACAAAGCAAAAAUUAGGUUUUUGAAUUCCAAGGCAUUAAAAGAGGAGAUCUGAGUCGUCAUUUAUCGCUGCCUGUGAUUUUUUUUAUUGUUUUUUUGUAAACAAAGGUUAGCUUUUUGGGGAUCUUACACACUUCCUGGUUCAGUGCCUCUUUGUUAUUUGGGACCAAGUGUUGACCCUUUAACACUUGUUAUAAAUGUUUUUUUGUGAGCUCCCGUGUGCACGUCGGGGUGCAUCUUAAAAAGUAUUAGGUGUAAGUAUGAGUGUGGAUGAGUAACAAAACCUGCCCUGUCUGUAACCGCUUAUUCCUUCUGAAACUGCCUGUGUCGAGUAAAGGAAUACGUAUCUGCAGUAUUGGACUCAUUUGUUGUAUUAAGCAUUUUUGGGGGAUUUUAAAAUACGGAAAAUUCCACCUGAAUUAAAAAACCAUUUGUACAAAA